AUGAGCUAAAGUAGUUAGAAUAGAGUAUUUAUGAAUAGAUUCGUGGUGAAAAAGAAGAUCUCAUCUGGAGCAUUUGGGGUCGUCUUUUUGGUGUUUGAUAAAUAGACAAAUCAGGAUGCAGCAUUGAAAUUGGAGAAAGAAGAUAAUGAAGAGAUGAGAUCUUUGGAAAGAGAAGUGGAAAUCCUGAAAUAAUUGAAUGAUGCUGAAGGUACUCCUAAGUUGAUUUGGUGUGGAAAUGAAAGUGAAUUCAACAUCAUGGUUAUAUAAUUGCUAGGAAGAGAUUUAUCAUAUUUUUUCAGAUAAUAAAAGAAGUUCAGUUUAAAAUGUACAAUUCAAAUUGCUUAUGAAUGUGUUAAUAUUCUCAAAAAUAUUCACAAUAAAAAUGUGGUACACAGAGAUCUUAAACCAGAAAAUAUUUUAAUGUCUAAAGAUAAUGAUGCCAUUUACAUAGUUGACUUUGGCAUUAGUAAAAUUUAUUGCAUUCAAGGAGAACAUAUGCCCUUUAAGAGCGACAAAACAUUUAUGGGUACUCCUAGGUAUGCAUCUGUCGCUGCUCAUUUGGGCCAUGAGAUAUCUAGGAAGGAUGAUUUAGAAUCUCUUUUUUAUGUAAUUUUAUAUUUUCUUCGUGGCAGUCUACCAUGGUAAAAUUUGCCAGUCUCAGAAAGUGAGCGAACUAAAGCUGUUGGAGAAAUUAAAUAAAACAUAGAUUUAAAUGAAUUAUGCAUUAAUUAGCCCCAUGAACUAGUCGAAAUACUUUUAUAUUUGAAAUCCUUGAAUUUCUUGGAUCAACCUAACUAUCAAUAUAUCCUUUAACUUCUUAAUCAAAUUGCAGAAAACAACUAAUUUCUAUUAGAUGGAAUUUAUGAUUGGACUGAAGGAUUAAUGAAAUCUACUAAGAAGUUUAGUUCUUUGGAAUCUAAAAAAUCCUUUGAAUUCAACAAAAUCAAAGAACUUUCUCCUGGAAACCUAAUGAAAAGUUCAUCAAAAUUAUCACAACAAAUCAUUUGGACAGUCAAUGAUUAAUAAUAGCAUCCACAAGUUGCGCCCUCUUCUUAGCGUCAUCUUUUGUUACCCCCUGAUCCUAAUAAAAAACCUGGACAAAGAACUGAUCUCAGACAUUUAUCAAAUUCAUCAUCAAAUUCAAACGUUGGAACCUUUAGUUCUAUGAAAAUGAAAUAUCUGCCUUCCCAAAUUGAAAUAGAAAAACCAACUUUCUUCCCUAAUUGGAAUAAAACAGAUAGACAAUAGGAAUCUUAAUAUUAAGACAUUAUGGAUGAAAACAAUGAAGAUACUCCUUUGAGUUAGAAAUACAAUAUAGCAAUAUUGAAUUAAGCAUUCGAAUUUUACAACAAAAGAUUCAAUAAAUUCCAAGAAAUAGCAAACUGA